CUCCUCCACAUCACAUCUCAUUUAUUCGUAUACACUUUCCAUCACUUUUUCCCAGGAAAAUUUACAGGAGAGAAAAACAACGUUCUUGUUCACUUCCCCUUGCAAUGGUGAAGACAGAGCAGAAUAUCCAAUCAGACCCAUCAAAGAAAAUGCUGUCACCAUCACCAACAACAUCAUUGAAGAAGAUGAAGAAGUUCAAGGGUGUGAGAAUGAGGAGCUGGGGUUCAUGGGUGUCAGAGAUCAGAGCUCCAAAUCAAAAAACAAGAAUCUGGUUAGGCUCAUAUUCAACCCCUGAAGCAGCAGCCAGAGCAUAUGAUGCUGCCCUACUCUGUCUUAAAGGAACUUCUGCAAAUUUUAACUUCCCAAUCUCUUCCUCCUCACAUUACAUUCCUUCAGACAAAAUCAUGUCUCCCAAAUCAAUCCAAAGACUUGCCGCCGCCGCUGCUGCUGCAGUGUCAUCUCCUCCUCCUGAAUCAUCUUCAUCAUCAAUCCCAUCAUCUCCAUCAGUUUCUGAUCAUAUUGAUGAUGAUGUUUCAUUGAUUCCAUCAAAUGAGUCCACCACCAGCUGCUGCUACAAUAUUGAACCAAUGUCUAUGGCAGAUUCAUGGUUCAACUUUGAUGAUCAGUUGUUCAACAGUGGAGCCUCAUUAUUCAAUCCAGCACCCAUGGUGGAUGAUUUUUACUUUGAAGGAGAUUUCAGUCUAUGGAGCUUUGCAGAUUAACUGAUUAAUUGAUUUAAGCAUACCCAACUCAUUCUUUUUUGUCCAUUAUUAUUCAAAUUCUUUUUGACCAAAUUAUAGUAGAAGCAAGCAGAGAUUCAAAUUCACAGGAGGAGGAAACUCUUUUUUUUUUUUUUUGGACUCCUUCAUGUGGGUUUCUCAUAUAUAUUGAAUUUCCAUUAAUUAUGUAUCCAAUAAUGCAAAUUGUAUUUUAUAUAUAUAUAUAUAUAUGAACUUGUCUUCGUCUACAUUGUAUUUUAAUGUCAUCACUGUUAAUUUUCUAUUUGUUCAAGUUA